GUGAAAUUAGCUGUUAGCACCCAGCUGGAAGUCACAAUGAUUCGAGCCUUCGUUCAGCCGUCCAUCCCCCCAUACCAGCCGCUUUCCAGUCACCUGUCUGAGGAGUCAGAGGGGAAGUUCAAGGGCAAGGUAAUACAUGAAGCUCAACUCAACUGUUUCUACAUCUCUCCUGGAGGUUCCAACUAUGGGAGCCCACGCCCAGCUCACGCCAACAUGAACGCCAAUGCAGCUGCAGGGCUCGCCCCCGAGCAUAUCCCUACUCCGGGGGCAGCACUGUCCUGGCAGGCAGCCAUUGACGCCGCCCGGCAGGCCAAGCUAAUGGGCAGUGCUGGCAACGCAACCAUCUCUACCGUCAGUUCCACACAGCGGAAGCGGCAACAGUACGGGAAACCCAAGAAGCAGGGUGGUAUGACUGCCACACGGCCACCGCGUGCUCUGCUGUGUCUGACUCUGAAGAACCCCAUCCGGAGGGCAUGCAUAAGCAUUGUUGAAUGGAAACCAUUUGAAAUAAUUAUUUUACUGACUAUUUUUGCCAAUUGUGUGGCCUUAGCGAUCUAUAUUCCCUUUCCAGAAGAUGACUCCAACGCCACCAACUCCAACCUGGAACGAGUGGAAUAUCUCUUUCUCAUCAUUUUUACCGUGGAAGCAUUUUUAAAAGUAAUUGCCUAUGGACUUCUCUUUCACCCCAACGCUUACCUCCGCAAUGGUUGGAAUUUACUAGAUUUUAUAAUUGUGGUUGUAGGGCUUUUUAGUGCAAUUUUAGAGCAAGCAACCAAAGCUGACGGGGCCAACGCUCUGGGAGGGAAAGGAGCUGGAUUCGAUGUGAAGGCGCUGAGGGCUUUCCGCGUGCUUCGUCCCCUGCGGCUGGUGUCCGGAGUCCCAAGUCUCCAGGUGGUCCUGAACUCCAUCAUCAAGGCCAUGGUGCCUCUGCUGCACAUUGCCCUACUUGUGCUGUUCGUCAUCAUCAUCUAUGCCAUUAUCGGCCUGGAGCUCUUCAUGGGGAAGAUGCACAAGACUUGCUACAACCAGGAGGGCAUAAUAGAUGUCCCAGCGGAAGAGGACCCUUCCCCUUGUGCUUUGGAGACAGGCCAUGGGCGGCAGUGUCAGAACGGCACCGUGUGCAAGCCCGGGUGGGAUGGGCCCAAGCAUGGCAUCACCAACUUCGACAACUUCGCCUUCGCCAUGCUGACAGUGUUCCAGUGCAUCACCAUGGAGGGCUGGACAGACGUGCUGUAUUGGGUCAAUGAUGCCGUAGGAAGGGACUGGCCCUGGAUCUAUUUUGUUACACUAAUCAUCAUAGGGUCAUUUUUUGUACUUAACUUGGUUCUCGGUGUUCUUAGCGGAGAGUUUUCCAAAGAGAGGGAGAAAGCCAAAGCUCGGGGGGAUUUCCAAAAGCUUCGAGAGAAGCAGCAGCUAGAAGAAGAUCUCAAAGGCUACCUGGAUUGGAUCACCCAAGCGGAAGACAUUGACCCUGAGAAUGAGGAUGAGGGCAUGGACGAAGACAAGCCCCGAAACAGAGGCGCUGCGGCGGGCUUGCUUGAUCAGAAGAAAGGGAAGUUUGCUUGGUUUAGUCACUCUACAGAAACCCAUGUGAGCAUGCCCACAAGUGAGACUGAAUCUGUCAACACUGAAAAUGUGGCUGGAGGUGACAUCGAGGGAGAAAACUGUGGAGCCAGGCUUGCCCACCGGAUCUCCAAAUCCAAGUUCAGCCGCUACUGGCGCAGGUGGAAUAGAUUCUGCAGAAGGAAGUGUCGCGCGGCAGUUAAAUCCAACGUCUUCUACUGGCUCGUGAUCUUCCUAGUGUUCCUCAACACACUCACCAUCGCCUCCGAGCAUUACAACCAGCCCCACUGGCUCACAGAAGUCCAAGACACAGCCAACAAGGCCCUGCUGGCGCUUUUCACUGCAGAAAUGCUCCUGAAGAUGUACAGCCUGGGCCUGCAGGCCUAUUUUGUAUCCCUCUUCAACCGCUUCGACUGCUUCAUCGUGUGUGGGGGCAUCCUGGAGACCAUCCUGGUGGAGACGAAGAUCAUGUCCCCCCUGGGCAUCUCUGUGCUGAGAUGUGUGCGGCUGCUCAGAAUCUUUAAGAUCACCAGGUACUGGAACUCCUUGAGCAACCUUGUGGCGUCCUUACUGAACUCAGUGCGCUCCAUCGCCUCCCUGCUGCUGCUCCUCUUCCUCUUCAUCAUCAUCUUCUCCCUCCUGGGGAUGCAGCUGUUUGGAGGGAAGUUCAACUUUGAUGAGAUGCAGACCCGCAGGAGCACGUUUGAUAACUUCCCGCAGUCACUCCUCACUGUGUUUCAGAUCCUGACCGGGGAGGACUGGAAUUCGGUGAUGUAUGAUGGGAUCAUGGCUUAUGGCGGCCCCUCUUUUCCAGGGAUGUUAGUCUGUAUUUACUUCAUCAUCCUCUUCAUCUGUGGAAAUUAUAUCCUACUGAAUGUGUUCUUGGCCAUUGCGGUGGACAACCUGGCUGAUGCUGAGAGCCUCACCUCUGCCCAAAAGGAAGAAGAAGAAGAGAAGGAGAGAAAGAAGCUGGCCAGGACUGCCAGCCCAGAAAAGAAGCAAGAGGUGAUGGAGAAGCCAGCGGUGGAGGAGAGCAAAGAGGAGAAAAUUGAGCUGAAGUCCAUUACUGCAGAUGGAGAGUCCCCACCCACUACCAAGAUCAACAUGGAUGACCUCCAGCCCAGUGAAAAUGAAGAUAAGAGUCCCCACUCCAACCCCGACACUGCAGGGGAAGAGGAUGAGGAGGAGCCUGAGAUGCCUGUGGGGCCACGCCCCCGGCCUCUGUCUGAGCUACACCUGAAGGAAAAGGCAGUGCCCAUGCCAGAAGCCAGUGCGUUUUUCAUCUUCAGCCCAAACAACAGGUUCCGCCUCCAGUGCCACCGCAUCGUCAACGACACCAUCUUCACUAACCUGAUCCUCUUCUUCAUCCUGCUCAGCAGCGUCUCUCUGGCUGCUGAGGACCCGGUCCAGCACACCUCCUUCAGGAACCAUAUUCUGUUUUAUUUUGACAUUGUUUUCACUACCAUUUUCACCAUUGAAAUUGCUCUGAAGAUCCUAGGCAAUGCAGACUAUGUCUUCACUAGUAUCUUUACAUUAGAAAUUAUCCUUAAGAUGACUGCUUACGGGGCUUUCCUGCACAAGGGCUCUUUCUGCCGAAACUACUUCAAUAUCUUGGACCUGCUGGUAGUUAGCGUGUCCCUCAUCUCCUUUGGCAUCCAGUCCAGUGCAAUCAACGUUGUGAAGAUUUUACGAGUGCUGCGGGUCCUCAGGCCUCUGAGGGCCAUCAACAGGGCCAAGGGGCUAAAGCACGUGGUUCAGUGUGUGUUUGUGGCCAUCAGGACCAUUGGCAACAUUGUAAUUGUCACCACUCUGCUGCAGUUCAUGUUCGCUUGCAUUGGGGUCCAGCUCUUCAAGGGAAAGCUCUAUACCUGUUCGGAUAGUUCCAAACAGACGGAGGCAGAAUGCAAGGGUAACUAUAUCACAUACAAAGAUGGAGAGGUGGACCACCCCAUUAUCCAACCUCGAAGCUGGGAGAACAGCAAGUUCGACUUUGACAAUGUCCUGGCAGCCAUGAUGGCCCUCUUCACCGUCUCCACCUUUGAGGGGUGGCCAGAGCUGCUGUACCGCUCCAUCGACUCGCACACAGAAGACAAGGGCCCCAUCUACAACUACCGCGUGGAGAUCUCCAUCUUCUUCAUCAUCUACAUCAUCAUCAUUGCCUUCUUCAUGAUGAACAUCUUCGUGGGUUUCGUCAUCGUCACCUUCCAGGAGCAGGGGGAGCAAGAGUACAAGAACUGUGAGCUGGACAAGAACCAGAGACAAUGUGUGGAAUAUGCCCUCAAGGCCCGACCCUUACGAAGAUACAUCCCCAAGAACCAGCACCAGUAUAAAGUGUGGUACGUGGUCAACUCUACCUACUUCGAGUAUCUGAUGUUCGUCCUUAUCCUGCUCAACACCAUCUGCCUGGCCAUGCAGCAUUAUGGCCAGAGCUGCCUCUUCAAAAUUGCCAUGAAUAUACUCAACAUGCUUUUCACUGGCCUCUUCACGGUGGAGAUGAUCCUGAAGCUCAUUGCCUUCAAACCCAAGGGUUACUUUAGUGAUCCCUGGAAUGUUUUUGACUUCCUCAUCGUGAUUGGGAGCAUAAUUGAUGUCAUUCUCAGUGAAACUAAUCACUAUUUCUGUGAUGCAUGGAAUACAUUUGAUGCCUUGAUUGUUGUGGGUAGCAUUGUUGAUAUAGCAAUCACCGAGGUACACCCAGCUGAACAUACUCAAUGCUCUCCCUCUAUGAGCGCAGAGGAGAACUCCCGCAUCUCCAUCACCUUCUUUCGCCUCUUCCGGGUCAUGCGCCUGGUGAAGCUGCUGAGCCGUGGAGAAGGCAUCCGGACCCUGCUGUGGACCUUCAUCAAGUCCUUCCAGGCCCUGCCCUAUGUGGCCCUUCUGAUCGUGAUGCUCUUCUUUAUCUAUGCAGUGAUUGGGAUGCAGGUGUUUGGGAAGAUCGCCCUGAAUGACACCACAGAGAUCAAUAGGAACAACAACUUCCAGACAUUCCCACAGGCUGUGCUACUGCUCUUCAGGUGUGCCACUGGGGAAGCCUGGCAGGAUAUCAUGCUGGCCUGUAUGCCAGGCAAGAAGUGUGCCCCAGAGUCUGAGCCCAGCAACAGCACAGAAGGGGAGACACCCUGUGGCAGCAGCUUUGCUGUUUUCUACUUCAUCAGCUUCUAUAUGCUCUGUGCCUUCCUGAUCAUCAACCUCUUCGUAGCUGUUAUCAUGGACAACUUUGACUACCUGACAAGGGAUUGGUCUAUCCUUGGUCCCCAUCAUCUGGAUGAAUUCAAAAGGAUCUGGGCCGAGUAUGACCCUGAAGCCAAGGGACGGAUAAAACACUUGGAUGUGGUGACCCUCCUCCGUCGAAUUCAGCCCCCCUUGGGUUUUGGGAAGUUGUGUCCUCACCGUGUGGCCUGCAAACGUCUAGUGUCCAUGAACAUGCCUCUGAACAGCGAUGGGACAGUCAUGUUCAAUGCCACCCUGUUUGCCCUAGUCAGGACAGCCCUGAGGAUCAAAACAGAAGGGAACUUAGAACAAGCCAAUGAGGAGCUGCGGGCCAUCAUCAAGAAAAUCUGGAAGAGGACCAGCAUGAAGCUGUUGGACCAGGUGGUGCCCCCUGCAGGUGAUGACGAGGUCACAGUAGGCAAGUUCUAUGCCACCUUCCUGAUCCAAGAGUACUUCCGAAAAUUCAAGAAGCGAAAAGAGCAGGGGCUGGUGGGAAAACCUUCACAGAGGAAUGCACUGUCCCUGCAGGCUGGCUUACGCACGCUGCAUGAUAUUGGGCCUGAGAUCCGACGGGCCAUCUCUGGAGAUCUUACUGCUGAGGAGGAGUUGGACAAGGCUAUGAAGGAGGCUGUGUCUGCUGCCUCUGAAGACGACAUCUUCAGGAGGGCUGGAGGCCUGUUUGGCAAUCAUGUCAGCUACUAUCAAAGUGACAGCAGGAGCAACUUUCCUCAGACCUUCACUACCCAGCGCCCACUGCAUAUCAACAAGACGGGAAACAACCAAGGUGACACCGAGUCUCCAUCCCAUGAGAAGCUAGUGGACUCCACCUUCACCCCCAGCAGCUACUCAUCCACAGGCUCCAAUGCCAACAUCAACAAUGCCAACAACACUGCCCUGGGCCGCUUCCCCCAUCCCGCUGGGUACUCUAGCACAGUCAGCACUGUGGAGGGCCAUGGGCCUCCCUUGUCCCCUGCUAUCCGGGUACAGGAGGCAGCAUGGAGGCUCAGCUCUAAGAGGUGUCACUCCCGAGGGAGCCAGGGGGCCUCGGUGAGUCAAGAGAUGUUUCCAGAAGAGACCUGCAGUGUGAGGAUGAGUGAGGACGCUGAGUACUGCAGUGAGCCCAGCCUGCUCUCCACAGAUAUACUCUCCUAUCAGGAUGAUGAAAACCGGCAACUGCCAUCUCCAGAGGAGGAUAGGAGAGAGAUCCAGCAGUCUCCGAAGAGGGGCUUCCUUCGUUCCGCCUCUCUAGGUCGAAGGGCCUCCUUCCACCUGGAAUGUCUGAAGAGACAAAAGGAUCAGGGGGGAGACAUCUCUCAGAAGACAGCCUUGCCCUUGCAUCUGGUUCAUCAUCAGGCUUUGGCGGUGGCAGGUUUGAGCCCCCUCCUGCAGAGAAGCCAUUCUCCUACCAAGUUCCCCAGGCCAUGCCCCACCCCUCCUGUCACUCCAGGCAGCCGGGGCAGGCCCCUACAGCCCAUCCCCACCCUACGGCUGGAGGGGGCAGAGUCCAGCGAGAAACUCAACAGCAGCUUCCCAUCCAUCCACUGCAGCUCCUGGUCUGAUGAGACCACUGCCUGUAGUGGGGGCAGCAGCACGGCCCGGAGAGCCCGGCCCGUCUCCCUCACCGUGCCCAGCCAGGCUGGAGCUCCAGGGAGACAAUUCCAUGGCAGCGCCAGCAGCCUGGUAGAAGCGGUCUUGAUUUCAGAAGGACUGGGACAGUUUGCUCAAGAUCCCAAGUUCAUCGAAGUCACCACCCAGGAGUUGGCUGACGCCUGUGACAUGACAAUAGAAGAGAUGGAGAAUGCUGCAGACAACAUCCUCAGUGGGGACGCCCAGCAGAGCCCCAACGGCACCCUCCUACCUUUUGUGAACUGCAGGGACCCGGGGCUGGACAGGGCUGUGGUCCCAGAGGACGAGAGCUGCGCAUACGCCCUGGGGCGAGGCCGGAGCGAGGAGGCGCUCCCGGACAGCAGGGCCUUCGUCAGCAACCUGUAGUCCACAGGGCUGGCAAGACGCGGGUGUUUUUUAUUCGUUUCAAUGUUCCUAAUGGGUUCGUUUCAGAAGUGCCUCACUGUUCUCGUGACCUGGAGGUAACCGGAACAGCGUCUUCAUUCACUGCUGUCGGGACAAGCCUCAGAGCUGGGCGGUGUGCGGAGUCGGCUUUUCAGGGGAGAAGGCCAAGGCCGUGGUGCAGGGCUCCAGCACCUUCCCGCGGCAGCACCGCCCAAAGGACCCCACCCCCUAAGCAAAAGGGUGUUUUUCCCUUGCUUGUAUAAACAGUCAUUUGCACAUGUUCUGUCUGAGCCUGGCCGUCUCAAUGGAGCAGGGAUCCAGGGAUGUAUGGCGGGAGUAGGCCAGCGCCCCGUGUAGGGGCUGGGGAGGUGGCUGCAAGGUUCCCAGCAGUGCAGGCCUGGUCCCCCUUCCCCUGCAGGAGCUGAAGUGCAGGUGGCUAGAGCCAGUGCAGACCACACCAUCCGCCCUCAGCUAGCCAGGCCAGGGGCGCGGGCUGCUGCCUAGUAAUCUUGAUUUCAUGGUUUGGUGGUUCUUGUUAGCAUGUUGCGGUUUUCUGGGUUUUGGUUUCUUUAUUUUUUAUUUGCUGUGCUUUCCCACGGGGAAGGGAGGAAGAAGAGCGUUUACAGUUGCGCAGCCUCACUCACUGUUUCCACGUUUGCGUUAUUUAAGUCGGAUUUGGUUUUAUUGUAUUUUUUAAAUGGUGCGGUUUUCUCCCCCACACCUUUUUCCACCCAUGGAGCGAAGGCUCAAUGUCACCACAGGACGGUUUACCUGUUCUGUGUAUGCCCAGUAACCUGUUACAAUUUCCUUAAGUAACAGCACCUUUUCCCCUCUUUCUUUCUGGUUGGGUUGAGCGUCACAAUCUGCAGGUAACAGGCAGUUAAGGUGUUGCGUGCCUGGGCGGUUGAGCUGGGCUCCGUUCUAAGCUGGACGUAUGGUAGGUUCAAGAGAGAGGAUGUAUGAGUAUCUGUGUAUCACACGUGUGUCCAUAGUGGGUUGUCUGUGCGUGUGUGCACCCACAUGGUGAGUGCACACCCCAUCCACCCCCCACUCCCACCCCUGCACAAAAGUCCAUAGAUCCCCGUUCCGGUUUGACUGCAGGGAGCUCUGAAUCUGGGGCUGUUCGAAAGCAAAAACAAAUCACUGUCUCUGCUUCUGCUUCUGAAACGAGACUCGGUAACUGCAUUUCCUGUCCCACGAGAUAUGCAAAAGCAAUGCAAUAAUAUCCAUUUUAAAAUACGAUUGUGAGUUGUGUCAGCAUUAAAAUUCUAUUUUAAAAAAAAACACAAAAUUUAAGGGAAAAACUCAAGAAGACAUUUUGCUUCGAUAUAUUCUGUGUAAUGUUUUAUUGCAUUGAUAAUGUUUCUGUUGAAGAAACUGUUAUACUUGAAUUCAGGUCAGUUUCAGUAUUUUUCAAAUAUUUUUUUAAAAACUGAAUUGCAAUUGUGCCAAGCAAAUAUAAUGACUUAAGUUUGUUUUAAAAUUCACUUCUUGUAUAUUUUGCUGCAUGUAAAGUAAAUCAUUUUGUAUUUGGA